AUGACCACUCGAGCGGUGAGAGUGACAAGAGGAGGAAGGGUUGAACAAGGAGGAUCGACAGAGAUGCUGAGUCGCAGCCUCGCAGCAGCCUCGCAGGUGCUCGGCCACGGGAGGACCGAUGGAGAGAUGCUAAGACAAGACAGAAGGAGAGACGAGAGAGGGUUGAGCAAAGCAGACCGACGGAGUUGCAGCCUCGCAGGAUUCGUGAGCAUAGAUUGCGGCUAUUCCUACGGCAACUACACCGACAGCCUCACCACCAUAUUCUAUGAGCCUGAUGCCAACUACAUCGACACCGGGGAGAACAACCUCACCGUCGCCGACUCCAGCUGGUUGGCGCAAGUGCAACAGCAGACAUUCCGAAGCUUUCCCUCCGGAACGCGCAACUGCUACCACAUCCCCAACAUCACCCCACGACGCAAGUACCUCAUCCGAGCAGCCUUCUUCAUUGGCCAACGCCUCCCCCAUAUCUUGCAGUUCGAUCUCUUUCUCGGCGUCAACAAGUGGCAAUCAGUCCAAAUCCUUAAGCCUGAUUGGGUUUACCUUGCCGAAAUCAUCACUCUUGCAAAUGACAAUUAUUUCUCAGUUUGUUUAGUUAACACGCAGUCUGGAACCCCUUUUAUUAAUUUCCUUGAGCUGAGGCUCAUCGACGACAGCAUGGUUUUUCAGGAUGUAAAUUCAACUGUUUCCUUGGUUCUGUCUGAGAGAUACAACGUUGAGUUCAACCAAUGGAUUAGGUAUCCAGAUGACAUGUACGACAGGAUUUGGUAUUACUAUAGCACAGGAAAUAGCAUUAACACCAGUUAUACAGUUAGGACACUUGCUAAUGAUCCUUAUGAGGUGCCAUCAACCGUCAUGCAGACUGCUGGCGCAGCCAAAGAUAACACUACUUUUAGUUAUCCCAUGGAUGAUCCAAGCACUGGAAUCACAAAUCCCAGAUACUACUUCUAUUUGCACUUUGCUGAAUUAGAAUAUCUACCUAGCAACGAGAGCAGAAUGUUUCAAGUGAUCAUGCCUGGAGAUCCAAACGGGGCAACUAUUGCCCCAGAAUAUCUGACAUCAAGUCAUAUAAGCAUCGUAUACGACGUAGCGAUUGAAGGGGAUAUUACUUAUUUUAACCUCACAAAGGUAGCAACUUCCACCCGUCCUCCUUUGCUUAAUGCAGCGGAGAUCUAUAUAGCUGUGGAGCUCACAGGGAUACCCACGUACUAUCAAGAUUGUAUGUUCGCUAUUUUUCUUUCUCGAAUCUAG